AUGAGUGAAGAACAAGCAACUUCGGCUGCUGAUUCGGCGCAGAGGCAGGUUCGUGUGCAACUUAUAAGCAAGGAGGAAGACGUUGCGCUUCCUGAUAGCACCGGUCCCAUCCUCGUUCCUACAGGGCUUCGGCGAUAUGCACUGUCUACUUUGGUCAACAACCUCCUGGGUAGCGAGAAGCCUGUUCCGUUCGAAUUUUUGAUCAACGGAACCUUUCUGCGAACCUCGAUCGAUGAAUAUCUGACUGCCAAUGGUAUCUCGGCUGAAACUACCCUCGAAAUUGAUGCUACGGAUGUGCUCUCGAAAACCUCUCCCGCUGCGUCCUGGGCAUCUGGUGCCACCUUCUCAAAAGGCCAAGAGAGGAUUUUGUCUGGAAGCUAUGACGGCUUGCUGCGGAUAUGGAAUAUGUCCUCGGAGAUCAUCGCGACAUCUCCUGGGCCCGCUGAGGGAGGACACACUGCAUCCAUCAAAACCGCCAAGUUUGUUUCGCCAAAUCAAGUUGCAUCCGCUGGUCUUGAUCGGACGGUCCGCCUGUGGAAGUACACUGAAGAGGAAGGUGGAUUUUCCGGGAAAUUUUCUCCUCAAUUAGAGUUGUAUGGACACAAGGCCGGGAUCGAGUCCUUAGCCGUGCAUGCGCCAUCCAACCGCCUUCUGACCGGUUCCGCUGACCACACUGUGGGAUAUUGGUCAACAAAGAAGGCCGAUGCCCCCUCGGCUCCUGAGAAUCUUCUCCCAUCUAGCAAUCCCCGAAACUCUAAGCGAAGGAAGCUCAAUACUUCCGUGACUGCUCCCCAACGGGGUCCUCUGUCCCUCCUCUCGGCUCACACUGGUCCGGUCUCUGCUGCUGUCUUUGACGCGAUGGAUUCUACCGUCGGUUACUCGGCCUCUUGGGACCACUCUCUGCGUACUUGGGAUCUGGUUACUGGAUCUUUAGUCGACACCCGCACAACGUCCCACUCACUUCUUUCCUUGGAGCAUCUCCCCGAACAUCACCUUCUGGCGGCAGGAACUUCUGCCCGUCAUAUCACCCUCAUUGACCCUCGUGCAUCAGCUACGACUGUUGCCGCAAUGACUCUUCGUGGGCACACCAAUGCAGUUGUGACCUUGGCCCGUGAUCCCCACAGUGCCUUUGGUCUUAUCAGUGGUAGUCAUGAUGGUACUUGCAGAAUCUGGGACAUCCGUUCUACGAAGACCGAUAAGGAUGGCGUCGUUGGUGAGAGUAUCUACUCUAUUACUCGAAAGAGCCUCGAGGAAGAAGGCAAAGCCGAGAGCAAGCGUGUCGGCGGCGAGGGUGUCAAGGUGUUCAGUGUGUGCUGGGAUGAAACUGCAGGCAUUGUGAGCGCUGGUGAGGACAAGCGGAUCCAGAUAAACCGGGGCGAGGGUGUUCUCUCGUCAAGAAAGUAG